ACUCUAUGCCUCAAUCCACACUGACAAAUAAAUAAAUAAUCAUUUGUAUAUCUAGAUUUGGAUUAAUCUCACACAAUAUUAAAUGAAUCAUAAUUGAAUACCCCUUAAUAGUUUUAUAAAUUCUGUUAUCGAUUUGCCAAAUUAGAUCUCGAUUAUUCAAAGAGACACCAUUAUGAUUCACAAUUUCCGUAUUUUGUGUUUAUCAACUAAUCGUAACCAAAUAAAUAUAAAUAAUUGGAGAAGGCUCCACCUCAUAUCGACUUCGAAGAAUACAAAUCUGUCAUCAUAUGACAAAGUUCUUAAUGGAAAUGCUUUUACUAAAUGUAGUUUUAUGUAUGCACCAAAACCAAACAAUUAUUCAUUGAUGCCGGUUCAAAAAUAUUUAUCUACUACUAAUGUUAUGAUGGAGAAAUCAGAAAUAAAGUUAUCCAAAAAAGAUCAACUUAAGAAAGCAAUCAAAGAAUAUGGUUCAACGGUUAUAGUAUUUCAUGUGACAAUAUCUUUGGCUUCUCUUGGAUUUUUCUACGUUUUAGUUUCUAGUGGUAUUGAUAUGCAACAAGUGAUGAAUUAUUUUGGGGUAAAUUAUAAAUUUGUUGAAAACGCAGGAACAUUUGUUACAGCAUAUGCAAUUCAUAAACUGUUUGCUCCUGUGAGAAUAAGUAUCACAUUAGGUGCAACUCCUUUUAUUGUUAGAUAUUUGAGGAAUAAAGGUAUUUUACGUAAAGUUUAGACAUUUUAAAAGUGAUAAGUUUGGUUUCAUUUUGGAUGGGUAUUUUUAUCAUAUUAUGGAAGUUUUUGUUAUAUUGAAACAUCAAUUAUUAUCAGUUCUGGAAGUGGUUAUAUUACUUGAUAAUUUCAAGUGAAAAUAUGAAUGCACAUGUUUUACCUUGUAUAUGUAUAAAUAAAGAAUUUUAUUUUUUUAUA